AUGGACCAUUCCCAGCACAGCAUGCACAACCAUCAGAUGAUGAUGGCCACAAUGGAUCCCAGUGACCAUACUGAUAUGAACCACGGCAAUGGGUCCAUGCAUAUGACCAUGAUCAUGGCCAUGUCUUUUUUCUUCUCCCACAAAUCAACUGUGCUAUUCAAAGAGUGGCACUUCACGACAGUAGGCGGUCUGAUAGGUUCGAUGAUCGGCAUUUUUUUCAUGGCAGCUCUCUACGAGGGUCUGAAAUAUUUUAGGGAAUAUCUGUUCUGGAAAACGUACAACACAUUGCAAUACAGGGCCGUCACUAUUCCAGAGAAGGGGACUACGUCAGAAGAGCCCCAAGUUGUACAGCCUUCGAUGCUAAGCAAAAUGCACUUCAUACAAACCUUCCUGCAUAUGGUCCAAAUGGUGGUAUCAUACUUCCUGAUGUUGAUUUUCAUGACGUACAACACUUGGCUGUGCCUGGCGGUCGUUUUUGGGGCAGGUGUGGGAUACUUUUUGUUCGGAUGGAAAAAGUCCGUAGUGGUGGACGUGACAGAACAUUGUCAUUGACAUUAAAAGUCAGGACAAAUACUUAG